AAAAAAUAAUCAAUUCUUUUAACCCCACGAAGGUACCUCACAACUUCUCGUCCCUCAACCCAUCGGACGUUUACAGCAACAAGCGAUAAUGGCUACGUCAACAAUAGUAGCACGACCGCUGCCCACCCUACCGGAAGGUUGGUCUGCAGAGAAAGACUUCAAACCAAUUGGUUCUAUUACUGCAUCAACUCAGCGUACUAUUGAACCUGUCGGUCCUCAUUUCCUUGCCCAUGCCCGCCGUGCCCGCCAUAAGCGCACAUUCUCCGAAGAUGACCGAAUUCAAGCCCAGGAGAGCGCCAAGAAAAUAGAGAAGGACGAUGAGAGCGAUGUUAGCGAACCUGAGGAUCCUUUAAUGCUCCAGCGGGAAGCUAAGGACUGGAAGUCACAAGAUCACUACCAAGUACUCGGUCUAUCCAAGUACCGAUGGAAGGCAACGGAGGAACAGAUCAAGCGUGCUCACCGCAAGAAGGUCCUAAAGCACCACCCGGACAAGAAGGCGGCUCAGGGCAGUACUGAGGACGAUAACUUCUUCAAGUGUAUCCAGAAAGCUACCGAGGUCCUACUUGACCCUGUCAAGCGCCGCCAGUUCGACUCCGUUGACGAGAAGGCCGAUGUCGACCCGCCCACUAAGAAGGAGCAGGCAAAGGGCAAUUACUACAAGCUCUGGAGUCGCGUCUUCAAGUCCGAGGCCCGCUUCUCCAAGCAGCAACCCGUACCCACCUUCGGCGAUGAGAACUCCACCAAGGAAGAAGUCGAGAACUUCUACAACUUCUGGUACAACUUCGACUCGUGGCGCUCGUUCGAAUACCUAGACGAGGAUGUGCCGGACGACAACGAGAACCGCGACCAGAAGCGCCACAUGGAACGUAAGAACGCCAACGCCCGCAAGAAGAAGAAGGCCGAGGACAACGCACGCCUGCGCAAGCUUCUCGACGACUGCUCCGCCAGCGACGAGCGUAUCAAGAAGUUCCGCCAGGAAGCCAACGCCGCCAAGAACAAGAAGCGUCUCGACAAGGAAGCCGCCGAGAAGAAGGCCAAGGAAGACGCCCGGCUGAAGAAGGAAGCAGAAGAGAAGGCCGCCAAGGAGGCCGAGGAGAAGGCCAAGACAGAGCGCGAAGCCAACAAGAAGGCUAAGGAGGCCGCCAAAAACGCUGUCAAGAAGAACAAGCGUGUGCUACGUGGUUCCGUCAAGGACGCCAACUACUUCGCCGGUGCUGGUGACGCUAGCCCCGCCCAGAUCGACGCCGUGCUUAACGACGUUGAGCUCGUGCAGGGCAAGAUAGAUCCCGAUGAGAUCGCAGCUCUGGCUGGCAAACUAAACGGUCUGAAGGUCGCGGACGAGAUCAAGGGCGUAUGGAGCGAGGAGGUCAAGAGACUAGUCGCUGCUGGCAAGCUAAAGGACGGCGAGGCCAAGGCAUUGGUGUAAAUAAACUUGUAGCUUAUGUAUCCGCAAGAGAUAAUACUUUUAGA